UCUCGCGCGCAUCUCACUGGUCUUGGCUUCCGGUCCGCGAGGCCCCUCUAAAAAUUUAACCCAACAACAAUCGAACUCCCUUGUCCGGAUAUCCUGAGUCUCCCCCGCCAAUUCCCGAACCAGAAGGGCUCGAUUAGCAAUUGCUACGUGUACUGGAGCGGCCACCAGUCACUGAACCCUACGGGAAAGUUCGAAGCAGCGAUUUGAAUUGGAUAGCUGAGAAUUUCGAGCAAUCAUGUCCCGCUCCGCCGCAGACGCAACGAGGUUCACGGCCACAGGGCCGUACGUCAGUUCCAAGGCCGCUACGACGUCAGCUACGCCGUACAAGCUGCCGGGAUUCAUGGCAAAGAAGCAGGGUUCGGGCCCAUCCUCAUCGGGGCCCGGAGGGAAGGAAGAGACUCCCAAGCAAAAGGUCGAACGUCUACGAGCGGAAGCACGCGCUGCUCGAAUGGCGGCUUCGACGUCUCGGGUGGACACCUUUAUUGAGAAAGGACGCGGUAUUGCGAAUAGGGCUCACAAGGCCAUGAUUUAUACUCUAAUCGCGGCAUCCGGCGUAUGCGGAGCCCUUACCAUUUACUCAGUCGUUUCUCUAACGAUGUACAACCGACGGCAACGCGAAUUGUGGCUGGAAAAGCAGCUUCAAACCCUGCAGGAUGCCAGGCUCGCAUACGCCAACGGCACUGCCACGGAUGAGCAGCUUGAGGUUCUGAGGCAAGAGAGGAUCGGGGAGUUGGAAAAGGAGGCCAAGGAGAAGGAGAAGGAGCAGAAGCCGUGGAAUAAGUUCAAGCAGUACAUCUUCGGAGGAUUAAAGAUCGACGAGGUCCCCGAAGAGACCCCGACCGUCAAUGAUGGCAAGCUGGGCGUCAUCGAAGCCCUCAAUGCGAAGAAAGCGGAAGAUUCCAAACUCGCGGAGAACGCCUCUGCGGCAGCAGCGCCAGCUACUCAUCCCAUCCAACCUGGCCAGCUUGACGUCCUGGCCGAGAAUGCUGAAUCAGUAGCCAAGCAAUCAGCACGAAGCUGGAAAAGCUGGUUUACCGGACGGUCAUAACAGCCCGAAAAACGAACGAAGGAUACCGCUAUAAGCGACCAUACUUUUUUUUUCUACCCUGUACGACCAGUUCCGAAUGCU